AUGUCUCAAGUCCCGGGUGGAAAAAAGGGCGGGAAGGGCCCGCCGAAGAAGGUUCCCGAAGAGGACAAGGAGAAAAAAGUAGAGGAGAAAGAUGAGACGUCAUCUAACAAUGGAGACAAGAAGGAGGUUAAGGAAGGCAAUGGGAUACCUGAUGUGCCCAAGCCCCCGAGUGCGGGGGUCAACAUGCGGGAGGUGGCGGCGAAAAUCCUGGUGCUGGCGCAAAAGAGUGAGUGGCCGGCGGUGGAACAGACCCUUAAAGUGCUGGAAAAGCUGGUGGCAGCUGGAGGAGAGGAUACAGUAUCAGUUCCAAUGGCUGGUAUCAUAGAUCCGACGACUGGCAUGACACCGCUGAUGUACGCAGUGAAAGACAACCGGACAUCCUUCGUGGAGAGGCUCAUCGAAUUAGGUUCUGACGUAGGAGCUAGAAAUAACGACAACUACAAUGUGCUUCACAUAUCGGCGAUGUAUUCGAGAGAGGACAUCGUCAAGCUAUUGCUGUCCAAGAGAGGCGUUGAUCCUUUUGCUACGGGAGGAAGUCGACAACAAACAGCUGUACACAUUGUGGCUAGCCGGCAAACCGGAACUGCCACCAGCAUACUCCGAGCGUUGCUCACAGCCGCUGGCAAGGAUAUAAGACUGCGAACUGAUGGGAGGGGCAAGAUUCCGCUGCUGCUUGCCGUAGAGGCCGGCAAUCAGAGCAUGGUCCGUGAGCUGCUUAGUGCGCAGACAGCGGAACAACUCAAGGCUAGCACCCCAUCUGGCGACACGGCCUUGCACCUCGCAGCUAGGAGAAGAGACGUGGAUAUGUCCCGCAUCUUGGUAGACUACGGUUCAGUAGUCGACGCAGUCAAUGGAGCUGGUCAAACCGCGUUACACAUAGCAGCAGCUGAAGGUGACGAACCUUUGGUGAAGUACUUCUAUGGUGUUAGAGCUAACGCCGCCAUCGCAGAUAAUGAAGAUAGAACCCCAAUGCAUCUAGCAGCUGAGAAUGGUCAUGCAGCGAUCAUCGAACUGCUGGCGGACAAAUUCAAAGCUUCAAUAUUCGAGCGAACUAAAGACGGAAGCACUUUAAUGCACAUCGCUUCAUUGAACGGCCACGCUGAUUGUGCUAUGAUGCUAUUCAAGAAAGGUGUCUAUCUCCAUAUGCCAAAUAAAGAUGGUGCCCGGAGUAUCCACACAGCUGCUAGAUACGGACACGUUGGUAUUAUCAACACAUUGCUGCAGAAAGGAGAAAGCGUAGACGUCACAACCAAUGACAACUACACAGCUCUGCAUAUAGCAGUUGAGUCUUGCAAGCCGGCGGUCGUUGAAACACUUCUCGGUUAUGGCGCUGAUGUGCACAUACGGGGGGGAAAGCAGAGGGAGACACCACUACAUAUUGCAGCAAGGAUCCCAGACGGUGACAAAUGUGCGUUGAUGCUAUUGAAAUCAGGCGCUGGACCAAAUAAAGCAACUGAAGACGGUAUGACUCCUGUCCACGUAGCAGCAAGAUACGGAAAUUUGGCGACCUUGGUACUACUUUUAGAAGAUGGAGGUGAUCCACUACGAAAAACAAAGACUGGGGAAACACCUCUUCAUAUGGCAUGUCGAAGCUGUAAACCAGACAUUGUAAGGCAUUUAAUAGAUUUUGUAAAAACACGUAAAGGCGAAAAAAUUGCCACGUUAUACGUUGACUCUGUUGAUGAGGAUGGCGCUAGUGCGUUACAUUUUGCUGGCCAAAUAACUAAAGAAGAAGUUAAGAUUGCUUCUGCAGAUAGAGAGGUAGUGAAGUGUUUAAUGCAAAAUGGCGCUGACGUUAAUUUACAAACGAAACAUAACCACGAAACAGUUUUUCACUUCUGUGCGAUAGCAGGCAACAACGAUGUGUUAACAGAAAUGAUUACUGAUAUGUCAACUGCCGAUGUCAGUAGAGCGCUGAAUAAACAGAAUUCAAUAGGAUGGACCCCAUUGCUUAUUGCAUGUAACAGAGGUCAUAUGGAACUCGUCAAUACCUUACUUUCAAAUCACGCAAGAGUAGAUGUUUUUGAUAUUGAAGGCAGAUCAGCUUUACAUUUAGCCGCCGAACAUGGAUUUCUUCAAGUAUGCGAUGCUCUACUGACAAAUAAAGCUUUCAUCAACUCGAAAGCAAGAAAUGGGCGGACUGCGUUACACUUAGCAGCUAUGAAUGGCUAUGCCCAUUUAGUAAAGUUUUUAAUAAGAGAUCAUAACGCUAUGAUCGAUGUUUUAACAUUAAAAAAACAGACUCCGUUACAUUUGGCAGCAGCGAGUGGACAAAUUGAAGUCUGCAAGUUGUUGCUUGAACUAGGUGCCAAUAUUGAUGCAACAGAUGAGAUGGGUCAAAAACCUAUUCACGCUGCUGCACAAAAUAAUUACUCGGAGGUAGUUCAGCUAUUCCUACAACAACAUCCAAACUUGGUAAUGGCUACUACAAAAGAAGGGAAUACGUGUGCACAUAUUGCAGCUAUUCAAGGGUCAGUUAAAGUAAUAGAAGAGCUAAUGAAAUUUGAUAGAAAUGGUGUAAUAUCAGCGAGAAAUAAGUUAAAUGAGUCUACCCCACUGCAAUUAGCCGCUGAAGGCGGUCAUGCAGAUGUAGUUAGAGUAUUAGUCAGAGCAGGAGCUUCUUGUACAGAUGAAAACAGAGCAGGGUUAACGGCAGUUCAUUUAGCAGCUGAACACGGCCACACCAAUGUGUUAGACGUUAUGCGCUCAACUAACACAUUAAGGAUAUCAAGUAAAAAGUUAGGCUUAACUCCACUACACAUUGCAGCUUACUACGGGCAAGCAGAAACGGUACGUGAACUGUUGUCGUUUGUACCGGGAACUGUAAAGUCUGAACCACCAACCGGAGUCUCAUUGGUUCCAAUCUUGGGAGCGGAAUCUGGCCUAACCCCUUUGCACCUUGCUGCAUACAAUGGUAACGAGAACGUUGUAAGGUUAUUGUUGAAUUCACCUGGAGUUCAAGUUGACGCUGCAACGAAUGAAAAUGGUUACAACCCACUUCAUUUAGCAUGCUUUGGAGGUCAUAUGUCAAUAGUCGGUUUACUAUUAAGUAGAUCAGCAGAAUUACUUCAAAGCACCGAUAGGCAUGGAAAAACAGGCUUACAUAUCGCGUCGACUCAUGGGCAUUACCAAAUGGUUGAGGUGUUACUUGGGCAAGGAGCUGAAAUCAAUGCAACAGAUAAGAACGGAUGGACUCCUCUCCACUGUGCAUCAAAAGCUGGACACUUAAAUGUAGUUAAGUUGUUGUGUGAAUCAGGAGCGUCGCCUAAAAGUGAAACAAAUUUGAAUUGUGCACCAAUAUGGUUCGCGGCUUCCGAGAAUCACAACGAUGUCCUUGAAUACCUCUUGCAUAAAGAACAUGAUACGCAAUCACUUAUGGAUGACAAAAGGUUCAUUUACAAUCUGAUGGUGUGUUCAAAAAACCAUAACAACAUACCGAUAGAAGAAUUCGUCUUAGUUUCACCAGCACCAGUCGAUACAGCGGCUAAAUUAUCAAAUUUAUACAUUAAUUUAUCCACCAAGGAAAAGGAGCGUGCCAAAGAUCUCAUAGCAGCUGGAAAACAGUGUGAAGCGAUGGCUACAGAGUUGUUGGCUCUAGCAGCCGGUGCUGACUCAGCUGGCCAUAUACUCACAGCUACAGAUAAUAGAAAUAUAGAAUUUUUAGAUGUAUUAAUAGAAAAUGAGCAAAAAGAAGUCAUCGCCCAUACAGUCGUCCAGAGAUAUCUUCAGGAACUCUGGCGGGGGAGCCUUAAAUGGACUGGCAUCAAAAUUAUGUUCCUUUUUUUCGCGUUUAUAAUUUGCCCGCCAGUAUGGGUGGUGUUCUCCCUUCCACUGGGGCAUAAAUAUAACAAAAUUCCUAUAAUUAAAUUUAUGUCAUAUUUAACGUCUCAUAUUUACUUAAUGAUAUUGUUAUCGUUAGUGGCCAUAACGCCAAUAUAUAAUUCUAUAUUUAGGGAAAGCUUGGUACCUAGAUGGUAUGAAUGGAUACUUCUUAUUUGUUUGAGUGGUCUUUUACUUUUUGAGUUAACAAACCCUAGUGAUAAAUCAGGUUUAGGAUGGAUAAAAAUUGCAGUUCUAUUAUUAGGUAUGGUUGGAGUAGCCACCCAUGUCGUUGGAUGGAUUUUUAUACUACCCAAAUAUUGGCCAACAUUAAUGUACUGUAGGAAUCAAUUUUUUGCCUUAUCAUUUUUAUUAGCAUGUGUUCAAAUCUUAGACUUCUUAUCCUUCCACCACCUUUUCGGUCCUUGGGCGAUUAUUAUCGGUGACCUAAUGAAGGAUCUAGGAAGAUUUCUUGCAGUUUUAGCGAUAUUUGUAUUUGGAUUCUCGAUGCACAUUGUAGCACUGAACCAACCGUUUAGAAAUAUAUACAAACCAGAAGAUAACAAAUAUGCAAGACAAGCUAGAAGAAGGCUAUUUUCAGACGUGACUAUGAACCCGUUGUAUUCCUUCGAGCUUCUGUUCUUCGCGGUGUUCGGCCAAACAACCACGGAGCAGACGAGAGUGCACAGGAAUGACAGCAACACGCAGCCUGCGUGGACGAACUACCUGUUCAAAAUCGUGUUCGGCAUCUACAUGCUGGUCUCUGUAGUUGUAUUGAUCAACUUGCUCAUUGCCAUGAUGUCAGACACGUAUCAGAGGAUACAGGCGCAAUCAGACAUAGAAUGGAAGUACGGCCUGUCUAAACUAAUCCGGAACAUGCAUCGAACUAACACUGCGCCGUCUCCGCUGAAUCUGGUCACUACUUGGCUCAUGUGGCUUAUACACAGGUGUAAGGAUCGGCUCAACAAAAAGAAGAGGCCUAGCUUGGUGCAUAUGAUCGGGCUGCAGCGUCAAGACCAGAUGAGUGCCAGAUCUAAAGCCGGCGCUAAAUGGCUAUCCAAAGUCAAAAGAGGACAGGUUGUUCCUAAAGAUUCAACGCGUCUCUCAGUUGUCCACCUAAGUCCGUUAGGAUCUCAGAUGAGUUUCAGCAAUAUGACAAGAAUAGAAAACGUAGUCGACUGGGAAGUUAUCGCUAAAAAAUACCGAGCUCUAAUGAGGGACGAACCAGAAGAGCCAGCAAAUAAGGAAAAUGAGUCAGACUCGGUUGACGAAGAGUCAGAAAUAGUUCCUAAUAAUAUCGCCGCGGCGCCACCUUGA